AUGGACCUUGGUGACAUUCACGGAGGUACUCUACUCAAGAGUGGCAUUAAACUUGGUCUCAAUGUGUAUAUGGAUUAUAAGGCCAAGAAAACAUGCGAGCGGGUCCUGACUGUUCAAUUUCGAAAGCUCAUGGCUCAGGGUUACCUUUCCGUUAUUGGUGACAACGGUUUUCAACUUACCGACAACGCUCUUGCGGAAAAAAUCGGGUUGACGGCUUAUCCAGAUGUGCAAGCGUUUCUGCGAAUUAUGAACUUUAAUGUAGAAGAAGUUGCCGCAGUAGCAGAAACACGCGUGCAGAUCUGGUUGAAUAAAAAAUACCAACCGUGGGAUAAGAGGAUUGGAAAUGCAUGGCCAAAGGGUGCUAAUAUAGCCAAGUUUAUGAGAAAAAGAGCUUCCGAUGCGUUGAAUUUGUGGUACGCCCCAAAUUCCUUUGGUGCAAGGCAAUCAUUUGGCCAAUCAAUGUCAUAUCUAGUUAACGCCGAGGCGCUAGAAGGCGACGAUCCCAAUGCGAAGAAUAAUGCAAUGGUUAUUGUGACUCGCAUUAUAGGUCUUGCACAGAUGUGUGGAAUUUCAGAGAUCGGUUUGGUAGACAUUAUAGAAGGCUUGUCGAUGUCAUGUUUAUUCGAGACGAUUGCGCGCGCUCUCGUAGCUGGGUUGCGUGGGCGGCAUCCAUCAGAAGUAUUCAAUAUCGGUCUUGGCGUGCGAGGAAGCUCAGAAAAUGUGCACAAAAAUUUCGCAAUGGUAGCAAAUGGAUUCAAAGGACCACGAGAAGUUAUUGGAAAAUACACAGGUGGUAGGGUAGUAUUAAAUUUAAUUGUCGCCGAGGUAGUCGUGAGAGAUCGGUUAAAUGAGGGAGAAGAAAUUUGGUGUAUGAGCGGAUGGGCGGAAACAUUGAGGAGGCGCACAGCUAAAUUAAAAGAAAAUGUCGCAACGGACAUUCAUGGCAACCAGUUACGACGUAUGAAAUGGUUUAAAGUAACUUUAAGUAUUAAGAGGGUCAAUGGCGUGCCGUUGGCAAAAAUUAAACAGAUUGGAACCCUUCCAGUUCGUGACAGACUCUGGGGCAGCAUUACGGGUACCGCAUGUCCGUGCACCAGUCCAGAUCCGCGCAAAAAACUCAAAAACGGAAGCCGUGUGGGAAAAGUGAAGCUCAAUUUUAAAAGUCUUGACUCAAAUAACUUUGUAAAGCCGAAGCCUAUUCCUAAACAGUCCGUUCGUGUGUAUGAAACGUACGGAGAUGCUGUUGUGCAUCUAUUUCUUUCACACUACUUAUUAAGUGCUACAUCAGAACGGCAAAGUAUUGCUAGCGCCGAUAGAAAGGGUAAAGGACAGAUGGGGAGGCGACCAGAUAUCAUGUUUGUAUUAAAAUAUUUAGAGGUCUUCUUUGAGCUUCUAUAUGUAGAAUGUUCACGAUUAUACUGCACUCAGCAGAAAAAGGUAGAUAAUGAGGUAAAGUUAUGGCGCGAGACAAAUGAUGGUAUGUAUUAUGUUUGCAAAGUUCUUAAACCAGACAAAGAUCAAUUUGGAGUAGUUGGAGUGCAAGUAGCGGAAAAUAUGUUACAUCUGAACAUUCUUGUCAGAAAUAGAGCUAAUGUGCAUCAAUAUUACCAUUUACAAUCUGCUGAAAUUCCUGUACAAUUAUCUGAUGCAAAAGUCGUAGCUAAUUUAUAG